AUGCUGUCAUUCGUUUCUGUUCUUUGUUUUGUCGUCUCACUGACGCAAGUCGGAGCUUGGGCACCACGUACUUCUGGACACGGUGCUCCAGGCCAUUAUGGAGGAACACAUGAGCAUGGCGCUGCGUUCACCCCGGACCACGUCUUGAGGGUGACCUAUGAGAAUAUUUCAAUUGGCUGCCAGACGCGCAUGUCAGCAGUUGUCAAUGGAAGUCUUCACGGGCCAACUCUGAGGCUUAGGCCAGGAAGAAGGAGUUGGAUUAGGGUAUACAACGACAUGGAGGAAUACAACACGACAAUGCACUGGCACGGUCUUAGCAUGCGAAUGGCGCCCUUUUCGGAUGGCACGCCAGCAGCCAGUCAAUGGCCGAUUCCAGCAGGGCGGUUUUUUGACUACGAAGUCUAUCCUUUGAAAUCAGAGGCCGGCACAUACUUCUACCACUCGCACGUUGGCUUUCAGGCCAUGACAGCAUCUGGGCCUUUGAUCGUUGAAGAUAAAGCUCAGCCUCCAUACGCCUACGAUGAAGAGCGAAUCAUCUCUUUUUCGGACUAUUUCAACAAAACCGAUCACCAAAUCGAGAAGGGCUUGACCGCUACACCAUUCGUUUGGUCAGGCGAAACCAACGCAGUUCUCAUCAAUGGUGUCGGUGUCUCUAUUGGUGAGACAGGAGGCAAAGGAGACUGUAAACUUCCGGUGAUUGAUGUCGAGCCGGGAAAGACUUAUCGCUUGCGCUUCAUUGGUGCUACCGCCAUCUCACUCGUACAAAUGGGCAUAGUCAACCACGAGAACUUUACCAUCAUUGCCGCAGAUGGCUCAUAUACCAAGCCGCACUCAGAAAGGUUCAUGCAAGUUUCUACAGGUCAACGCUUUGAUGUAAUUUUCAAGGCCAAAAGCGAAGAGGAGCUGGGCGGAACAACUGACUUCCUGAUCCAAUUUGAGACCAAGGACCGCCCAAAAGUCUAUCACGGUUAUGGUAUUCUUCGCUACUCCAAGGCAAAGCCGCAGAUCACCGAGGCACCUACUGGCCCGCCUUUAAAGUUCUCCAACGAAACAUACAGUUGGGCUGAGUAUGCUUUGGAGCCUUUGAAGCCUAACAACUUCCCCAAAGCAAGCGAGGUGACCCGUCGCGUACACAUCGAUAGUAGACAGCUCACUUCACAGUCAAUCAUCUGGCAGAUGAAUGGCCUUGAAUGGAACGAAACAUCGUCGCCGUACGCAGGGGACAAGCCAUACCUCAUCAAUAUCUAUGAGAAUGGUCCCGCUGCAAUUCCUAAUUAUACCGCGGCGGUUAACAACAAUGGCUGGGACCCGACAACACUCACUUGGCCAGCAAAAUUGGGCGAGGUGCUCGAGAUUGUUCUCCACAAUACUGGUUCCCUUGUCAACGGCAAUGGUGGCGUGGAUUUCCAUCCCUUCCAUGCCCACGGGGGUCAUUAUUGGGACAUUGGAAGUGGCAAUGGAACGUAUAACGCCACGGAGAAUGAGAAAAAGCUGGAGAACUACAACCCUGUACGCCGAGAUACGACGAACCUGUACCGAUAUGGCGAAAAGACAACGUCAGGUGCCAACGCCGGCUGGAGAGCCUGGCGCUUGCGUGUAGAGGACGCGGGCGUCUGGAUGAUUCACUGUCAUAUUCUGCAGCACAUGGUGAUGGGCAUGCAGAGUGUCUGGGUCAUGGGAGAUUACCAAGACAUCACAGGCGUUCCAUUCGUGGAUGCGGCUGGAUACCUCGAAUAUGGCGGAAAUGCGACUGGCAACACCACAUUUGCACCCAGAGUCGUGCUUUACAGCGCAGGAAGCGCGAUAUACAACAUCUUUUUCCACCCUCUGAGGCAUUAUCCUGGCCCUCGAUUAUGGGCGGCCAGUCGACUUCCAUGGAACCUUGUCAAUCUCAAAGGCAACCUAGCCUGGAAGAUCCGCCAACUGCACGACAGUUAUGGUCCAAUUGUAAGAAUUGCGCCAGAUGAACUCUCAUACACCAGCUCCUCCGCGUGGAAGAAGAUAUAUGGCCAACGUUCACCUGAAUUCGUCAAGUGCUUCGAUGGACGCGGAAUCGCGGGACCAAGCGUUACUAACCCAGCGGUUCGCAAUGGCGGAAUCGUGACGGCUGACCAGGAGCCACAUGCUCGACUUCGCAAGGCAGUUUUACCAGCCUUUAGCGACCGGGCGUUAAAAGAACAAGAAGAGAUUCUACAGCUUUACGCGAGCAAGUUGGUGAAUCAACUUCGAUCAUCAAGCCGGAGCGGAGCUCCGCAGGAUUUGGGAAAGUGGUUCAGCUUGGCUGCAUUCGACAUUAUCAGUGAUUUGGCCUUCGGUCAGGCUGCCGGUUGUCUUGAUGAUGCGUCUCAGCCGUGGUUACAAGUCAUCGGGACCCGAGCAAAGAGCAUUGUGCGGUAUCAAUUUGCCAUUCACUAUGGCCUCGAGGGAUGGCUGGAGUGGCUUGCCCCGAAAGCGCAGAAAGCAGCCUUGAAAAAGCACGGCGAAUUGGCAGCUGCAAAGGUCAAGAAGAGGCUUCAGCAAACAGAGAACAAGAAGGACUUCAUGAGCUACAUUCUAGAAAACCCGCAGGCUGACUUGAGCAACGCGGACCUUGUCAGAAUGGCUUCUGCUUUUAUUGUCGCAGGCAGCGGUACCACCUCGACCGCACUUUCUGGUAUCACAUACCUUUUGUGCAGCAACUCUGACAAACACAUCAAAUUGACACAAGAGAUCCGAAAUGCUUUUUCCAAAGAAGAAGAAAUAACAAUCUCUUCGACAGGCGAGCUACGCUAUCUGAAAGCGGUUAUCGAAGAAGCAUUGCGGAUCUAUCCUCCAAGCCCCAGUGCUCUGCCGCGUUUUGUUCCCGGUGCUGGAGAGGAGAUCGAUGGGAAAUGGGUUCCUGGAGGUACGGCGGUAGGAGUUCAUCAGCUUUCAGCCGGCCAUUCGAAGGUCAACUGGACAAGGUCCGGCGAGUUUAUCCCCGAGCGCUGGAUGGACAGCAGUGCCGAAUUCAAUGCAGACGACAAGCCUGCAAGUCAACCGUUCUCUUUUGGCCCCAGAAAUUGCAUUGGCAAAAGCAUGGCCUACGCAGAACUGCGGAUUGUUAUGGCAAAGCUGCUUUGGGAAUUUGACCUUGAACUCAUUGAUGGUUCUCAGGACUGGAUGGAUGAGCAGAAAGUUUACCUUAUUUGGCAAAAAGUGCCGCUAUUGGUGAGAUGUCGCUCUAGGUUCUAG